AUUGACUUAAACGGCCAUGAAUUUAAUAACAAUUACAAAGAAAGGCGUGCGUUCUUCUUCUUUUCACGCAUGCUCGUUAACGCAGACGAGUGUGUAAUAAAGCGCUCAACAUGUCAGAGCUGCGGGCCUCUAUACGGUCGUUAUAAACAGUGCUGAACGAUGUAUGUUGAAAGAGGAAGCGCGUGCUUUCUUCACGGGGCCGGACCUUUCUGCGCGCAUCAAGCCCGCGGCACGAGCGAGCUUCUUUCUAAAGCGGCGCGGCCUGGACGCGCGGAAAAACGCGUGCAAUUUAGACAACGCAAUUAGAGGUUAGCACGACGCGGCGCGCAGGUAAUCCGUUCUCGUGGGCUUGAGCUGCUUUUGUCCCCGGAUUGAACUGUCAUGGCUGCCGCGCGCUGUUGACCGAUUCUGGUUGGACGGGAGGCGGAAAAGCGCCGGCUCUGCGCAUCCAAAAUGAACGGGGUCAGUGCCGACGCUCAGGUCGGGAAGGAAGAGAGGGACGUUUGGCAUAAACGCCUACGUCUCAGGAAGACCUCCUUUUCGCUCCCCGCCGAACGCAGCGCCGUGAAAGAGGAGAGGGACGUCACGGCACGCGGGUGGAAAGCCACGGGGAAGUCCGAGAAGGCUCUGAACACGUUCACCUGCUCCUCGUGCGACGACGGCAUCUCCUUCGGACCCGGCGAAUUAAUGAUGCAUUUUAAGAUCGCCCACGGGGGCAAAGGGAGCCCGCCGGCGUUUCCCUGCGACGUCUGCGCUUUCUCGUCGCCCGCGUUCGCCGCGCUCCAGCAGCACCGCAUGCAGCACGACGGUUGCUUGUUCGCUUGCGGGGUUUGCGGGGACGGCGUCCGGCGCACGCUUCCGCAGCUGACCGAACACUGCCAAACCCGCCACGCCCUCGCCGGCCGCUACGAAUGUCCCAAGUGCGAGCUCUCCUUCCGGGAGGUUACGCAGUUCGCGUGCCACCCGUGCGGCGCCGCUAAUGGAGGUGCGCCCAAAAACGAGCUCUUCAAGCGCAUGGCCGCUGCGUGCCGGCGGAGGUGGAGCCGGAGAAAUUGGAGGAAGCGAGACGGGAAGCUUUCUCAAGAGUUCGAGCGCUUGCUUCCAAAACCAGAACCCCGGUGGACGUCCCGGUUGCUCCCGUUCUCCACAAACGGUGUGAUGGAUGACUACGGCGUCUUGCUGGACCCCGAGAAGACCUUGGAGGAAACGCAGCAGUAUCUUGAAAGGACCGCUUGUGCUGGUAAAAACUGGUCCUCGUCUUUCAACGGCGAGCGAGGUUUAGUUUCACCCCUGCCGUCGCCAGCCAACGCAAAAUGGUGCGCCGGGAACGAUAAGCUAAGCGGACUUAUGGAGAAGAACAAUAUAUCGGUUCCCCCGGAUUGCACCACCAAGGUGGUCCGGUUCAAGAUGGUGGACGGCAAAAAGCAUUUGGUCCUCAAAGUCAUUCCGUCAAACAAGCAAGACGCUCCGAAGGAUCGGCAAGAGCGAUCCGACGAUAUCCGUACUCGGGUGGCGCCUAGAAGUUCUCCGUCCGUCGGAAAGGCGCGGGAAGGAUGCGCAGCUCAGCAGGACUUUCUGUCCUCGGUGGUCGAGAGGAUAAGAAGCCAGCAAAGCGGCGGCGAUCGGGAGCCUGCCGGCGUUCGCCUCGAGGCGCGCGACCGCAACAGCCUCGGUGACUGCCAGGACAAAGCCUUCAGCGAAUCCGAGGAAAACUUCACGGCGUGCCAGGGAGAUUCAGGUUGUCAUAGCGAUCUGACUUCGGACGCGGGUUCUUCGGAAGAGAGGUGCAGCUCGCGGCUCGUCUCGGCGCCGUUCGAUGAGCUAGAUCCUCCGGAAGGGUUCGGCGGCGUGAGUCCGUCCUCUGGAUCUCCCCGGAAAGAUCCGAGCGAGUGUCAAAGUGAAGACGGGGGCCUGUUGUUCCGUGGCGAUGCUGACGAGUGCACAAACAACAUGGACCCCAGAGAGCGCCCGGUCCCGGUGGGUCAGACGGAGAGCUGCAGCGCUCCGGUGGAUGAGCUGCCUUUAACAACAGUCAUCCAUUUGCUGGAUGAAGCGAGAGCGGAUCGGACCUUACCUCCGCACGCCGGCUCCGAUGGAGCUCUGAGAGACUUCACGCGCGCCGCAGAUGCAAACCAGCGAUCUUCCACGUCCGUCACAGCAACGGCCUCCGGAUCCAGCGUCACGAGCGUCCCGAGCGUCCCUCUCGCGUCUCUGGACCGAAAGCGCGCGGGAGACCGGACCUCGGCGGGCUCGAAAUCCCCGAAGCCACCGCCUCCAGCCUCCGUCCUCUUCUGGGAGCCGGCUCCUCGAGACGCUCCGGCGACGCUCCGGCUGAUUCCCCACAGCUCCUCGCAAUCCGUCAAGAUCCCGCGCGGCAGCCAGCCCGUGAUCGUCCUCAACCAUCCCGACUCGGAUAUCCCCGAGGUCGCCAACAUCAUGCGCGUGGUCCACAGGCACCGGGGCGCCGUGCGGCGGGUCCUGCUUUCUCGCAAAACCCUCAAAGCCCUCUCGGAGUCCGCCUGCGACGCCUUCCGCCGCGGCCUGGUCGCCGGCUGCCACGCGUCCCACCGCAGGAGAGCGUGGCCGAACGGGACGGUGAAAGAGAGGUUCAGCUUGAAACUGAGGCUCAAAAGAGUGUGCGGAAGGAAGUACACCGUCGUACCGACCGCUUCGGAAAGCGUCGUCCUGCAGCCCGCGUUUAAAUGCUGGUUUUGCGGGCGGCUUUUCGCGAACCAAGAAGCCUGGGUGGGUCACGGACAGAGACACCUGAUGGAGGCGACCCGAGGCUGGAACCAGCUCUUCGGCAGAUAGACAUGCAUACUAAUAAGUGCUGUGCAGGGUUACUAUGCAAAACACGCCUUUCUAGCCUAGAUUUAGCUUUGCCUCGUUUGUAGCCAAAAUAUUGAUCGGUAAGGAUUUUCUACGCAAGUGAAAAUUGCCUCGUUUCAGGUCAAAAUGUUUAAGUGGCCUUUCGCUGGGGACAAGCGAAGCAAUCCUGCCAGCGGGGGAAGCGAAAUAAUCGUAUUUCGAACAGGAAGCGAAAAACGAGACGAUAAUUUUUCUUGUCCGCAAAAAAUCCGGCCCGAUUUAAGAAUCCAGGGACCAUUUCGGCUGGAAACGAGACCUAGCUAGAAAAGCUUUUUUUUUUGGUUACUAUGCAAAUCUCAGGGCGAGGAAUAGUUUCGUUCUUUGUAGUAAUAAACCCUUUCUCGGGCGCUUGAGUAUUUAUGACACGAGCAAGCAUUAUUUAUUUCGUUCCAAAAUGUGAAAAAGUGCAGUAGCGGAUGAAAAAUGGCGGCAAAUUUGGAUUUGGCGCCAUACUGCGAUAGCUCAGGUUUUGUGAGAUUAUCGCAGAGACCUCAGGUAAUAUUGCCAUAUUCCGGUCCGUUAGCUUAAUACUAAUCUAUAAGAAGCGUGUUGACCUUCACGCUGAACGUCGUGCGAUUGAGCGCCAAGACUUCGGUUCGUCUUAGCGCCGUAUGUAGCUUUGCAUUAUUUUGUAAACAUCGCUACUCACUUUGUUGCUUUAAUAAUCACCUGUCACGUGACGGAAAUGUUUACGGAUCUCGAUUCUCUUCGUAGGAGGCCGGUAUGUUUAGCAUUAGGUUCAAACUACACCCGUAUGCGUGAGCGUAUACUGACGCAGGAUUGGCGAAGCAUCUCUAAAGUCGUGUUUCGUAUUUAUGUAUUUAUUUUUCAGCUGAUGAAAUAAGUUAUGCGGGUUUGAUUAAGGGUUUAAUCAAGAGUUUAAUUACCGUACGUUUAUUCGAUCGUUAAUGUGACGUUUCAGGUGUAGCUGGAAUUUUUCCCCCCCAAAAAUAUUUUUAUUCUCAUUUAUGAAGCCAAAGUUGUUUUUUUUAGGAUCACUGUAGUUUAUUUUGAUUGCACUGCGAUCCAGGCGCUCUGUAAAUGGUUGAAGAAAGCCUGCGGUCCGCUUUGACUUGAAAUACCAAAGUGAACGUGUCUCUUGUGUUUGUGUAGAAGUUGAAACACUGGUAGUGUUGCACUAACGGCUGUGAAUGACACCUUGUAGAAGUGCCUCCACGAAAAUGAAAAACCCUCUAGAGCCAUCGACAAAUAAAGAAAUAUAAUUAUUUAGAAAA